CUUGGGUGUGUAUUUGCCUGCUGUCAUUUAGUCCUCCUCCUUCUCCUCCUCCUCCUUUCCUUCUAUGUAGUCAGAGCCUUCCUUUGGGGCCUCUCUCAUCAUUUUCUUCAUCUUUAUUUCUUUUUUUACCCUCUAGGUAUCCAGCAUGGACUAUAACCAAAGCGCCAGUGACCAGCCUGGGCAGCAACAAUCACCUUCUGCAAGCACCCCUGAUGAUCUGUCUUCUCAGAAUGGCUUUGGGAGAGCAAGCGAGACCCUGCUUCCUCAGUCGCCUGAGAACGCAGCCCAGGCUGAGCCUGAAAUAAAAGUCUGUGAUAUAUCUGAGAUGCUGAGCCAACAGCUGGAGGACAUUCUUAAAACCUACGGGUCAGCUGCCUGUCUGGUGGAGGAAGGAAACACGAAAGCAACAGGCGGACCUGAAAAAGGAGAAUCGGUCAAUCCCGAAGAUGGGGACUGUGAGGAUGGCCACGAUGAGGCUGAGAAAGAACAGGUCCCUAUGGAGGAUGCCUCUGGAUUCAAAGAGGCCAAUAUUCCGAAAGAACAAAAACCGGAAAAGAAAAUCCUGAAAGGAUUAGGAAAAGAGGCUACCCUGCUAAUACAACAUCUGACCAAGCUGAAUACACCAGAAGAGAAAUUGGAGCUCUUAUUUAAGAAGUAUGCUGAACUGCUGGAAGAACAUCGUUCUGAACAAAAAAAGCUGAAGUAUCUGCAGAAAAAACAGACACAGCUCAUAAAGGAGAAAGACCAAUUACAGAGUGAACACAGCAGAACUAUCCUAGCCCGAAGCAAAUUAGAGAGUCUGUGUAGGGAACUCCAAAGACACAACAAAACCCUGAAGGAGGGGACUCUUCAGCGAGCAAGAGAAGAAGAAGAAAAAAGAAAGGAGAUCACAAAUCAUUUCCAGAGCACAUUGAAUGAUAUCCAAGCACAGAUUGAGCAGCAGAGUGAGAGGAACAUGAAGUUGUGCCAGGAAAAUACUGAGCUUGCUGAGAAACUGAAAAGCAUCAUUGAUCAGUAUGAAGUCAGAGAGGAGCAUCUUGAUAAAAUAUUUAAGCACAGAGAACUUCACCAGAAACUGGUAGAUGCCAAGCUGGAACAGUCACAAGAGGUCAUGAAAGAAGCUGAAGAAAAGCAUCAGCGAGAAAAGGAAUAUCUACUCAAACAAGCUGCAGAAUGGAAACUACAGGCAAAAAUGCUGAAGGAACAAGAUACUGUUCUCCGGGCUCAGCUGACCCUCUACUCUGAACGAUUUGAAGAAUUUCAGAAAACGCUAACAAACAGCAAUGAAGUGUUUGCCAACUUUAAGCAAGAAAUGGACAAGAUGACAAAGAAAAUGAAAAAACUGGAAAAGGAUACAGCCACAUGGAAAGCAAGGUUUGAGAACUGUAACAGAGCUUUACUGGACAUGAUUGAAGAGAAAUCUAUGAGGGCCAAGGAAUAUGAAUGUUUUGUAGUGAAAAUUCAAAGACUAGAAAAUCUUUGCAGAGCUCUGCAGGAGGAACGGAACGUAUUGUACAAAAAAAUAAAAGAAGCACAAUUCCCUGAAGAGAACAAAGAGGAGGAGGCAGAAGAAGAUGAGGAGGAGGAAGAACAGCAAGCUGGGGUGGAGGAUAGUCUGGAGAAUAAGACUACAGCUACAAGUCAGGCUAUUGAUGAGCCAUCUGCCACCAGUGAAAUUAUCCCCAAAGAUUUGGCUACAGCUUUCAUGGUGUCUCAUGUGAAUAUGCCUAUGAUCCCAACCAAUGAAGAAAAAGUAGAAGAACUACAUGAGCCCCAAGUAAGUGACCCAAUUUCUCCUCCUGAGAUGAUAUUGGCUUCUUGCAAGCCACAAGGCAACCAGGAUUGCUGUAUUGAUCCAACAUCCAUGCCCAAAGCAGAGGAACCAGAAGGGGACACAGUAAAACUUGGUCCAGAUCAUCCAGUGUUGAAGCUCUCAAAUGCUGACAUGGAAGAUGUUGAUUAGCAUGAUAUAAUGCAUAUAAUGCUAUAAUGCAUUUCCCCCCCCCCAAAUGACAUUCUCCAAUCCUUUCCUAAACAUUUCUGUCUUUCAUAAUAAGAUGGCUUUACAAGUGUUUUCAAACCUGCUUCAAUUUCAUAGAAUACAGGUUGCUGUAUCCCAUGAUUACUGGUGGUGUUUGAAUUUGCUUUGUUUCUCAUUCAGGUAAAUCCAAUAGCUUCUCGUAACAUUUAGCAGAAUUAAGAGUCUUGAUUUCCAAUGGAACUUUUACAAUAUGGAUAGGUCCUCCUAUGGGAAGCCUACUUUCAAAAUGCCCCAAAUAAAUUAAAUAAACAAAUAGUUGGGAAAAGGAAGAGCUUGGUGUGCUUGGUGUGGUUUGCAUAUAAGGUUACAUCUCUAGUCAUAAAAUAUAACUUGAAAAAUAAACUAACUUUGGAAAUCUUUCAGGAUACAGUGCAAGAACAGGUAGCCCUCAGACUUGGGCAUGGCAUUUAAUUUUUGCUUUCAAAAAUUAGGUGUUCCUUUUGCAGUUAAUUCUUUUGUUGUUAUAAAAUAUGCAAAAUUGCCUACCUCUCUUCCUAUACCAGGGACUGGUUUCAUAGAAGACAAUUAGUUCAUGGAUGGGGGGGGGUUGAUUUCAAUCUCUCACUCUCCUGCCGCUCACCCCCAGCUGUGUGGCCCAGUUCCUAACAGGCCAAUGACCGGUAUGGUCCAAGGUCCAAGGUUGGGGACCCAUUCUGCAUUCAUAUUUUGAGUUUUAUAUUACAAACAAUUUGUCUUAUUUAAAAAAAAUAUUAUUCAAACAUGUACCUAGGUUUGUUAUUGGAUCCUCCUGAAUUAAACAAUGAUUCAGUAUG